AUGCAGUCGAGAAUUGGGAUACGCCGAAUGCGGGUUGCGCCAGACCUGGAAAUGGGAACACCGAAAAAAGCAAAAGGAAAGUCCCGCCUGGGAAUGCCCCUAUCGAAGAAGCAGAGCCAGAGCAUUGGAGACUCAAACCGAGCUGUUGGGCUCACUGGGGGCACUAGAGUUGUGUAUUUAUGGACGGAUUUGACAAUUUCUUUGAGGGAGACCCUCCAGAAGCGUGCUUGCAUCGCUUCGGCGACAGAUGGGCCGCGGGCUAGUUCUCAAGUGGCGGGUCAUUAUGCAUCUGCGGAGGAUCCAUCACGAUGUGACGGAGCUUCUGAGAGGAGAAUCAAAGGUCCAUUUAGGCCCAAAGGACCCGAGGGGCACACGAAACAAGGAAUAGGGCGAAUGACGCAUGAACUGGGUGGAACUCAGAUUCGGGGAGCUGAGAAUUGUCUGGGAUCUUCCUUGGUCGGUGGUUUGACAGGUUACAGGGAAAAUAGGCAAAUAGGCUUCAGGUUUUGA